GCCCACGAGCUUCAUAGUCACAAUGACUCGCGCUGCGUAGACGCCGGUCGUGGCCGUACCUCGUUUUCUUUUCCUCUUCCGUUGUUCGUACUCAUAGCAGUGACUGUGUGUGAUACUUCUCAUUUUAUACAGUUAGCGGCUGCUAUGGGCCAAACUACUCCAAGUCCCAGGCUUUCGGCUAACUUCCUCAGCAGAUUGUUCUUCUGGUGGUUGAAGCCUUUAUUCUAUCAAGGCAAAGCUCGCGACCUGAAGAACGACGACUUGCACGAUGCGUUGCCAGCCGAUGUUAGCGAACAUCUUGGUGGCCGAUUGGAAAAAUACUGGAAGAACGAGGUGGAGAACGCGCGGCAGAGCGACAGGAAGCCAAAGCUCGUGAAUGCGAUCAGAAAAGCCUUCGGCUGGUCGUACUUCUACUACGCUGGUCACAUGCUUGUGCUUAAUUGUUUGAGGGUUCUACAACCAUUCAUACUCGGAUUGCUGAUUCAAUAUUUCAAGCAGGACUCUGAUGUUACCAAGGAACACGCAUACGGUUAUGCUUCGAUUUUGGUCUUGCUUACCUUUGUCCACAGCUUACUCAAGCAUCAUAUAGAUCUUGGCACUCUUGAAAUCGGUAUGCGGCUGAGAAUUGCCUGCUCUUCGCUUAUUUAUCGGAAGGUUUUGCGGCUAUCAAAUGCAUCGGUAACAACGACAACCGGCGGCCAAGUGAUCAAUUUAUUAUCAAAUGACGUCGUCAGGUUCGAUCCAUUGUUCAUGUACUUACACUACGUCUGGAUAACGCCCAUCGCAGGUGCUGUCAUUACCUACCUGAUUUGGUGCAAUGCCAAAGUUGCUGCAUUGGUUGGCGUAUUACUUAUGACUCUCGAAACCGUUCCCGUUCAAGUGUACGCCGGCAAGAUAGCGUCGAAAUUACGGAGCAAGAUUGCAACAAGAACCGAUGAGCGUGUUAGACUGAUGGGUGAAAUAAUUAACGGGAUCCACGUUAUCAAAAUGUACACUUGGGAGAAACCAUUUGAGUUCCUCGUAUCGCUGGCUAGAAGGUAUGAAAUCGAUGUCAUUACAUUGAUGUCCUACUUGAAAGGGGUGAACAUUGCCUCCAAUGCAUUUGUCGACCGCACCUGCUUGUACUUUACAAUCAUGGCCUAUGUUCUUGCCGGGAAUUUCAUUUCCGCGGACAAAGUUUUUUCUAUGGUUCAGUACUUCACGAUUCUGCAAGGCCUUCUUGCAUACAACUAUCCACGGGCUAUGUUCAGCGUUGCAGAGACUCGUGUGUCUAUCAAAAGAAUUGAAAAAUUUUUGAUGCUAGAUGAGAUUAAAAUAAGAGCACCACUACUAUCUAUAGAAGAUAAUGGUAGUAUUAUACUCAAAAGUGUAACGGGCUCGUGGUCUCCUAAUUUGAUAGUCAAUACAUUACACGACAUCACGUUGUAUAUAUCACCAAAAAAACUUCAUACCAUUGUUGGUCCUAUUGGCUCUGGCAAGACAUCAUUGAUCCACCUAAUCCUGGGCGAGUUACGUUGGUCAUCAGGCGAUGUUAAAAUAAACGGCACGACCUCUUAUGCAGGUCAACGCCCUUGGUUAUUUCCUGGCACUGUUCGCGACAAUGUGGUGUUCGACCAACCAUACGAUGAGGAACGUUUCCGUGAAGUUGUACGCGUCUGCUCACUUGAGCGUGAUCUCCAGCGGUUAUCUCAUGCCGAGCGUACUCAAGUUGGAGAGAGAGGUACGAACCUCAGUGGCGGACAGUGUGCGAGGGUUAAUCUCGCUAGAGCUGUUUAUAAAGAUGCUGAUAUCUACAUUUUUGACGACCCUUUCUCAGCCGUAGAUGCAAACGUUUGCAAAUAUAUAUUCAACGAAUGUAUUAACGGUUAUUUGAAAGAAAAAACUAAAAUAUUAGUGACACAUCAAGUUCAAUGCUUGAAAGAAGCUGAUACUGUUUUUUUGCUCAACAACGGUAAAUUAGAGUUUCAAGGAAAAUUUGUAGAUUUUCCGAGAAAAGAAUUGCAGUUUUUACAUCUAAUAGAAGAUAAAAAUGAUGAAGAGACAUAUGAAGUAGACGAAGUUACAUUAGAUAUAGAAAGUAGAAAUAAUAUUACAAAUACUGAUCUUAAUAAUAUUAUUGCAAGCCAUUCAAAGUUCACUGAAGACAAUGAUCCUCAAGAAACAGAAGAACUCAUUGCCAAAGGAAAAAUGCAGUCCUCAAUUUUCACUAGAUAUUUCCAUAGUGGAAAUCCAUAUUCACUCCUUCUUACGACAAUUUUAUUUUUCAUUAUCGCCCAAAUUAUUAGAAGUGGAUCGGAUUAUUGGCUUGCAUAUUGGACUCAUCAAGACGAACUUCGAUUUAAUACUGCAGUAAUAAAUCGAGGAAAAAACACGAUUGAAAUACCAUUAUUGAACUUAACUGCUGCACCUGUGUCAUCCUUAAAGUCAACGACUCAGUCGAUAUUGAAUGAAACACAACCUUUUAUGAUUGAUAUUACGACUUCACUGCCAACAUCGGUACUAUCACAAACCACUACAACGUCGUCGUCCACUACAUCAACUCUGUUAUCAACUACUGUAAUGCCCAUCACGACAUCGUUUCUAGAUACCAUACAAGAUUUAGUGUUCAAUACUCUUAAAACUCUUUUACCAAAUACGACAACGUCUUUACCAAGUUCAGAGUUAGAUUUCAUAUUGAGUAAAACAAAUAGUACUUCUACAACUACAGUUAGAACAUUAGUUUCAAGUACGAUUGGCAGUUUAGUUUUAAACGUCACGAAUAGCCUUCCAUUAGAUUCAACUGAAAAUUCAUCUAGUGCACUGCAAAAUUUGAUGUCGAAUGCAAUAAAUAGUAUUUCAUCGACUACUACAGUUACAAUCUUAGUUUCAAAUACAACUGAAAAUUUAGUUUCACAUAUCCCCGAUAGUUUUUCUUUGGAUUCAAUCGAAAGCUCAACAAGCAUGCCGCAAAAUUUUCUAUCAGAUACGUCACCGAAUACAUUAUUAAAUGUAACAGAGAUUCUGUCAAAGGUAGCUGAAAGACAAGUAUCAGAUUUAAUAGCAAAUGAAACGUAUAACGUGAAGCCAAAUAUCGAAAAAACAAAUUACCUAAGCACAAACGUAGCCCUAGUUAUUUAUGGUUGUAUACUUUUGGGAUGUAUAAUUACUACUGUGAGCAAGUGCUUGUUAUUCUAUAAGGUGUGCAUGAACUCGAGUAAAAGCAUUCACAAUGAAAUGUUCUCCUGUGUAUUAGGAGCUCCAAUGCACUUUUUCAAUCAACAAUCUUCUGGACAAAUUCUCAAUCGGUUUUCAAAGGAUAUUGGCACAAUGGACGAAAUCUUGCCCGUCACCAUGUACGAAUCCAUUGAGGUUUUUUGCAUUAUCGUGGGUAUCAUAGUCCAAAAUAUCAUAGUUAACUGGUGGUCCAUUUUACCUAUGAUUGUCACUGGCUUUCUCUAUUGGAAAAUUCGGGGGUUUUACGUUCCUACUGCCUAUGGAAUUAAGCGAUUAGAAGGCGCAGCCAAAAGUCCAGUGUUUUCGUACAUAAGUGCUUCGCUCGAUGGUCUAGCCACAAUUCGGUCGUGUCGAGCACAAACAACCGUAUCUCGGCGAUUUGACAGCCGGCAGGAUGCCCAUACACGUACUCACUUCCUUGGCAUCGUUAUUUCCUCAGCUUUUGGUCUAUGGCUUGAUCUUGUGUCAGUUGUCUUAGUUGGAUUUGUAACCUUUGGCUGUCUCAUCGUAGAUCCUUCGACAAUUUACGCAGGCAGCGCUGGCUUAGCCAUUACUCAAGUGUUGAUGUUGUGCGGUAUGCUGCAGCGAGGAAUAAGACAAACGGCUGAGUCGAUCACGCAGAUGACAAGUGUUGAGCGUAUACUACAGUACACGAAGCUCGAACAAGAAGAAGAUUCAAACGCGGUUGCUGGUAGUGGCACGAAACCAGCAAGUAAUUGGCCAAUGCACGGCAAAGUUGAGUUCAAAGAGUUUUGUCUACGUUAUAUUGACGACGAGGAACCCAUUUUGAAAAAUGUUAAUCUUGUUAUUGAACCUGGUUCAAAGUUAGGUAUUGUCGGCCGCACUGGCGCUGGUAAAUCUUCGCUGAUCUCAGCUUUAUUCCGGUUAGCACGUGCCGAAGGCCAAGUACUCAUCGAUGGUGUAGAUACGCGAAGUGUUGGCUUAAAUGAAUUACGUAAACGCCUCGCCAUAAUACCUCAAGAGCCGGUACUGUUCUCGACUUCGCUCAGGGAUAAUCUCGAUCCUUUUCACGACUUUGAAGACACGAGGCUAUGGGCAGCUCUCGAAGACGUCGAACUUCACAAAGCCUUUGUGCCACUUGAUCAUCCGAUUGAAUGUGGUGGCAGAAAUCUAAGUGCAGGUCAAAGGCAACUUCUUUGCCUUGCACGAGCGAUAGUCAAAAAGACGCGAAUUCUGAUUCUCGACGAGGCGACAGCUAACGUUGACCCAGCGACAGAUUCGUUAAUUCGCGAGACCAUUCGUAACAAGUUCCAAGAAUGCACUGUGAUUACUGUGGCGCACAGACUCGAGUCGGUGAUUGAUAAUGACAAAGUUCUCGUCGUGGAAAACGGUGAAGUUGUCGAAUAUGACCACCCGUACUUGCUGCUUCAAAACGAAGAUAGUCUCUUUUUGAGAAUGGCUCAGCAAACAGGUGAACCUAUGCUUGAGCAUUUGAAAAAAAUUUCUGAAGAGACAUAUAAAAGGCUGAAUAAUCCGGUAUCUGAGGUAUCUAUAUCUACAACUAAAGUUUCAGAAGAGCGAACAAAUGCAAAUGGAAAUGUAAAAAAUAUUGACGAUGUUGAAUUAGAGGACUUGACUGAGACGCCAUAAGUUUUGAGUGUCCAUUUUGAUGAAUAGUAUGUAAAUGUAUAAUGACCGUGAUAAUAUAUUUUAUACUAAAGAUUUAAGCACAUAUCAAGUUUUUAUUUUUCUAAACUACAGUUUGUAUUUAUACUUCCGGUAAAAAUAAUAAUGUAUUUUUUUCCUGAGACUAUAAUUGAAGCGUUCUAGUAUAGUUGUUGAAGUAUUUUAAUAAUUUAUACAUGUAAUUAUUGAAAUAAAAUACUAUAAUAUAACUUAACUAUAUUAAUAAUGUGCAAAGAUGAA